GUUGAUAAGAUUAGGGACUGUCUCCAUUUAUACCGACGUUUUUACCGACGUAGCCUGUGCGCUCUUAUAGCCUAUAAAAUGAAGUAAUCGUCUUCAAGUUUCUGUUUUGUCUUUAUCUCAUGAUCAAAAACAGGACAUCUUUUAAAUACUCCGAUGGACCUGUGUAAACACAGUGAAAUAUAAAGAUGAAAUUGUUGGCCACCUAAAAGACUGGAAUUAGGCUACAGCCUAUAUUUUAAAUGUAGGCUAUCUAUUACACCUGUAGUCUUCUUAAUAGACUCUACAGGCUACCUGCGAAGGUUCAUCCACAACCUUGUGAGCCUGUUUUUAUGCUCUUCAAUCCCGUUUUUUCCACUUUGUUAAGCAUACCACGACUCCCUUAGUGAGUAAGCGGGAGCUGGCCAAUCGUUUUAAGGGAAAAUGUGACUGCUAGGAAUUCCCCACACUUUGGCUUUUACUGAAAACAGUGUAACCUUGUCAGGCACGAGAAAGUACUGAAGCCAGCGGCUACAGACAGCUGGCGUGUUCUGUGGAAGAGUCUAUUCUGAAGUCUUGGGAGUAUGAGCAUGAACAUACUGCGUCGGGAGCAAGACCCGUAGGAUACUUCUACAUGAUGAUUACAAAAUGUCCAGGAAUAGCAUCAUAAGGCACCAGUAGUUGCCUUGUACCCAGUUGUGAAUCACAUCAAGAAAUACUGGGUGUUUUAUACCACAUGAAACACUGAAAGGUACAUAAGUGCACAUCAGGGCGAAACUGGUCUGCCUGCUCCUGGUUCAGCGGACGCAGUACUCUAUGAAGGAACGCUGCAGUGUCUGAGCAUCCCAGUCACACCCCUGGAACCUUCUAGAAGGCGCUGAAGAAGCAGGACGCUCACAGGUGCCCGCCGCUGCGGACAGAACCCCUCUGAGCUCCGCCCUCACCUGCUGCUGACCCCUUUCCUGUUCCCGGAGUCUAACCCCCCCGGCCCACCCCUCCCUGAGGGGUAGGAUCCCUGUCCUCCAUCAGCUCACCACCCCCACCAGCAGCAGCAGCAGCAGCGUCAUGACGACAGCCGUCGUGCCAGCCGAGCUGGUGUUCGAGUUUGCCAGCAAUGCGAUGGAUGAGAUGGACCAGCUGGACGACCCCUCCGUGUUCCCCGCGGUGAUCGUGGAGCAGGUGCCGGCCGCCGACCUAAUGCAGGUGUACUCGGGGCUGGAGGCAGACGAGGUCACCAACGGCAUCAUGGCCGACGCCACUCUGGACGUGGUGGAGGAGCCAAUCAUGGGCGGCGACGUCGGCCUGUCAGAAACCACAGUGUCCGGUGCGGAAGACAACAUGGAGACCGUUGAAGCCGCGGAGGUCCUCCUGAACAUGGAGUCCCCAAACAACAUCCUGGACGAGAAGCGCAUGAGUGUGUUUUUAGUUCACCCUUACGGCACCUUGCUGGAAGCGGACCUCAGCUACAUCUCUUUAAGACCAGACCAGCUGUCCUCCAUGGACGUGUCCCUGGACGAGGAGACGUCCUCCAUGGACGAGGUUCUGCACAAGAGCCCCUCCAAGCCGCCCAAGAAAAACAAAGUGCGAAAACCCCGGGCGGUGCGGCCGUGUUCCCCCAUCACCAAUCCCUCACUGCCGCUCAAGAAGAAGAGCAAGGAGGGCAAAGGUAACACCAUCUACCUGUGGGAGUUCCUGCUGGCGCUGCUGCAGGACAAGAACACCUGUCCCAAGUACAUCAAGUGGACCCAGCGGGAGAAGGGCAUCUUUAAGCUAGUGGACUCCAAAGCCGUCUCCAAGCUGUGGGGGAAGCACAAGAACAAGCCCGACAUGAACUACGAGACCAUGGGCCGAGCCCUGCGGUAUUACUACCAGCGGGGGAUCUUGGCCAAGGUGGAAGGCCAGCGUCUCGUGUACCAGUUCAAGGAGAUGCCCUCAGACCUGGUGGUGAUCGACGACGACGACGUCCCGGGCAUGGAGCCCAGCCCGGGCUACGGCGGCGGGCACCGCGCCGGCGCUAACGGGCGAGGCGUGGGCCGCGGGGGAGCGUCCCGGGGCGGGCAGGGCAGAACCGGUGGGCACGCGGGUACCAAGGCGGUGAAGAGGGAGGCCAGCCCCGGUCUGCUGUACCAGGGGACCCACUGCAAGCAGGCCGAGCACCUGCUGCAGCACGUCCACGUGCUCCAGCCCAACCAGGGCGCAGCCGUGCCCGCGCAGUCACACUCCGUCAGAACCAUCAACAUGCCAGCCUCUGUGCCCAUGGUCCUGACGUCCCAGGCGGGCGGCUCCGUCACCCUGCAGCCCAUGCCCCUCACCACCGUCCUGGCCAACGGCGACGGCAGCCACGGCUCGCCCCCCCGGGUCAUCCUGCACACCGUGCCCUCCACCAGCCCCGGGGGCAAAGACGUGCUCACCAUCCAGACCGCCUCCCUGUCCACCAGCCACGGGGGCAACCUCUGUGGCGGUGGCGGCGGCGGCGGCUAUCCCGAGGGUCUGCUGGUCACCAGUCUGGGAUCGGCGGUUGGAGGAGGAGGAGGGGCGAACGGCGCCGGCACCGGCCAACCGGGCUCCGUGAACGGCCUGACCCGCCUGGUGACGCUCAACGCCAGCGGGCAGCCCAUGGUGGCCCAGCAGCCCGGCACGGUCAUCGCCACCGUGCUCAAGCCCGGCGAGCUCCAGGGCCUGUCGGUGAAGGAGGAGAUCCUGGAGCCCUUCUACCUGCAGUCGCUGGUCAACAGCGAUCCCGGCAGCAACACCAUCUACGUCAAAGAGGAAGUGGAAGACUGCUACGGGUCUCCAGAGCUCAGUUACAGGACUGUGAUCUUCACUCAGGACGGGUGCCUCACUAGUGACAGUCUGGAGGCCAGCGCUGUGAAUGGACACUCGGAUGCCUCGGGCAUGCCCCUGGCCAGCAGCCCCAGCGAGGGCCUCACCCCCGUGGAGGAGCUGGAGGGAGGAGGCGAGGCCAAGCAGCAGAUGGUGGAGGUGCCCAUCACCGUUAGCAUGCCCACCUCCGACUUCAUCCAGAUAAAGACGGAGAGGCCGGAGACCUAGAAGCCCCCCC